AAUAUUUUUACGAGAUUUAUAAAAAUAUCUCGGUGAUGUUUUGAAAAUAUUUUGUGGCAAGUUAUACCGUAAAUUGUUAAAAAGCGGGUUACAAUUUCAAGCACCGCCUAUGUAUAUACACAAACAACAGUUCCUCUCUGUAUAGUCUCCCUCCCUCUCCUAAGUCUCUCUCAUCUCUUUCAAUUUCUACCGACUCUGUCUCUCACUCCAACAACAGUAUUGCUCCGCUUUCCCCCGAUAGUCGCCGUCGUGUGGCCACCGCCGCCGUCCUGUUUUACGAGCCACUGUUGAAUCAUCCCGCAGCAACGCCUUCGAUUUCAAUUGACUCUGAAAGAUUGUUGUGCUUGAUUCAAAUCUCGAAAUUUAUAGCCGAAAAGAUGAUGCGGUCGUUAAUUAAGGCUACUGCUAAACGCAGCAUUCAUCUUGCUCAACUUAAUUGCCAGAGAGGGAUGCACACCAGAAAUAAAAAGGCAAUGGAGCUCAUCGCUAAAGGUUGGAGUGCCUUGAAAGAAGUUGAUAGAGUGAUUGAUUAUUGUGAACUUAAUGAUAAACGUCUCAUUCCUCUACUUAGGACAGCAAAGGAAAACUUUGAAUUGGCUCUGGAGACUGACAACUCUAAUACACAUGCAAGAUUUUGGCUUUCCAAGCUGCAUUUGAAGUACCAUGUCCCAGGGGCAUGCAAAGCAGUAGGGGCUGCGUUAUUAGUAGAAGCCGCAGACAUGGGUGAUGCAGAUGCACAGUAUGAACUGGCUUGCCGCUUAAGAGUUGAGAAUGACUAUGUUCAAGCUGAUCAGCAAGCCUUCCAAUAUCUAGAGAUGGCAGUUGACCAGUUACAUCCAGCUGCACUUUACAUGCUGGGAGCUGUAUAUCUGACGGGGGAUUGUGUGAGAAAAGAUAUUUCGUCAGCAAUAUGGUGUUUUCACAGAGCAUCACAAAAGGGGCAUGCUGGGGCUGCUAUAGCAUAUGGAUCCCUUCUUCUUAGAGGUUUUCAAGUUCCAGAGUGUCUAACCAAAUUUACUGUGAAGAAGGACUCAUCUACUAGAACAUCAAGGAAAAAUGCAGAGAACUCUAAAAAAAAUGCACUUGAGAUGGCAAGAGAACAAUUUGAAAUUGCUGCUAAAGCAAAAUGUGAUCUCGGAUUCAGAUGGUUAAAAAGACUUGAUGAAGAAGAGAAGCGUUUAACCAAUCUAUAGUCUAUUAUUUACUGACAGCAGUAAAAGCUCCUAUAGCUGUCAGAUGUUUGUAAGCUGAAGCCUAGGUGUGCUUACAAUUUUAGUGAAUACUACAUGUCCUUAAUAGCCUAGACUUACAGUUGUAUGCUUGAAAUCUUUGCUCGGUUUGGGGUAGUUUUGUGUCAUAAAUGUUUAUGAAUAGAUCUUCACUUGCCUUUAUGGAUUACAGAUUAAUUGCAGCAUAUUUUAAGUAGAAAUUUGCAA